GGCUUAGAUUAUUUGCACAUACGGUCACACAAUAAAAAUAAACAUUCAUAUUUGUUGAACUUUACAAUGAUAAAAAAUGGAACCGGACUGACUUACAAUAGGGAACAUCAGGCAAUGAUAUACGGCCAAUUGGAUUACCUGUAAACUUGUUUCAUUAAUUUAAACAUAUAUUGGUCAUCAUCAGUGUCCUAAUCAUUUUAAAAAUGGGAGGAACAAACAGGUAAUCAAAAACUUCAAAGCAAGUUACAAUGUGCCUUAAAAGUUCAGGCCUCUGUAAAUUUUCAUCUACCAGCUGACUGACUGACUUUCACUGCAACAAAAAUAUAUAUGAUCACAACUGUGAUUAUAACACCAACUUUCUUCAAACCAAAUACCAAUCUAAAUUAUAAGCUAUUAGAAGGGAUUUAGGUCAAGGAGGGGGGCGUCAUCAAAAAAAGCAAAUACAUUAUACAUGACAUGAAGUCCCCUCCUUCAUCUUCUGCUUCCUCUGCUGCUGUUGCUGCUUCCAGCUUCCUGUUGAGAAAGGCCAGAUUCUCUCCUAUUCUUUUAACCUUUGUAGCCUUCAUUAUCUUUGUCACCAUCCUCUACAGCGAAGAUUUCCGUUGCCUCUUCGGACAGUUUGAUCCCCAACAACCUAAAAACUACUACUCAUCUCAUAAUACAGUACUCUCAAGCACCAAGAAGAAUGGAGAAAAGUUGCCGUUUGCAAUCGGAGAAACCAAGGAAGGAUGUGAUGUGUUCAGUGGGAAAUGGGUUCGGGACGAGGUGAACCGGCCGUUGUAUGAGGAAUCGGAAUGUCCGUACAUACAACCACAGCUGACAUGUCAAGAUCGAGGCCGCCCUGAUAAGGAUUAUCAACACUGGAGAUGGCAACCUCAUGGCUGUUCUCUUCCCAGUUUCAAUGCGACAUUGAUGCUGGAAACGCUUAGAGGAAAGAGGAUGAUGUUCGUGGGGGACUCCCUAAACAGGGGCCAGUUCACAUCCAUGGUUUGCCUGCUUCAGAAAGAAAUCCCUGAACAUGCCAAAUCCAUGAAGACUAAAGGUUCCCUCACCGUUUUCACAGCAAAGAAUUACAAUGCAACAAUUGAAUUCUACUGGGCACCAUUCCUUCUGGAAUCAAAUUCAGACGAUGCAAUUGUUCACAGGAUAUCCGACAGAGUCGUUCGGAAAGGUUCCAUCAUCAAACACGGAAAACAUUGGAAAGGAAUAGACAUCAUGGUUUUCAACACCUACGUUUGGUGGAUGACCGGCAAAACCUUCAACAUUCUGCAAGGAUCGUUUGAUGAUGAAGUGAAAGACAUUGUAGAAGCAUCCACAGCGGAUGCUUAUCGAAUGGGAAUCAAAACGAUGCUUAGAUGGACUAAAAGGAAUAUGGAUCCCAAGAAAACCAGAACUUUCUUCACCAGCAUGUCACCUUCUCAUAGCAAGAGUAUAGAUUGGGGAGGUGAACCAGGGGGAAAUUGCUACAAUGAAACCAAGAUGAUAGAGGAUCCACAUUACUGGGGAUCGGAUACCAGAAAAAGCAUAAUGCAAGUUCUGGGAGAAGAGUUCAGAAAAACCAAGGUGCCAAUCAUACUACUCAACAUUACGCAGCUUUCAAGUUAUAGAAAAGAUGCACAUACUUCCAUUUACAAGAAACAAUGGAGCCCUUUGACUCCUGAGCAGUUAGCAAAUCCUGUCAGCUAUGCAGAUUGUACCCAUUGGUGUUUGCCAGGCCUACAAGAUACCUGGAACGAGCUCUUGUUUGCUAAACUUUUCUACCCUUAGCUCUUGAUUAAUUUUUUUUCCCCUCAAAUGGGCUUUGUUAGCUUGUGGUGAUCAAAAUCAAAUAUGAAAUGAUCGAUGACGAAUUAGCAUCUCCCACAUUUGACUUGGGGUUUCGGCUGCUGAUGAAGAUCAGUGUGGAUGAUCAUAAUUGACCUUUUUCAUUGUUGUCAGUAUGGAGAAAGAUCAAAUUUCUUCUUCUUUUUUUAUUUUUCAUUCUUUUGAUCAACGCAUUUUUUAAAGUUGAAUUUUGGGGUCAAGCUUUUGAAACUUUCUUCUUGGGAUUAGGUGAAAUGGGAUAUUUUUGCUACUAAAAUGGACUGUUUCGAUAUUGUUCAGGCAGAAAGGUUUUCUAUUUUGGGCUAUGUUGGUUCACUUUGAGUUGUGAUAGAUUAGGGCCUGUAUCGGCAGUCUUUUAGAUCCAAAAAAGUCUUGGAAUUUCAUUUUGAGCCCCGAAAACAAUUUCUGUCAAUACUCAAUCGCUGAAAAGCAUUCUUUUGAGUCAAAACUGUGUGUCAGACGAACAUAUGAAGUCGCCGCAAAAUUUGGCUUUGUCAUGCAUGUCCAUUGAAUACUUGGUUAAUACUCUCACCUCAAGAAAACAGUCGAUAAAUUAACAUGCGAUACAACUGUAAACUGUCUCAC